ACGAGGAGGAGCUAACUUACAGUCUGUGUUACCUCUGCUCAUGUUCGGAAUCGAGAAAUUCGUGCGUUUUCCAUGUCAGAUGUAUUCUGCUGCAUUAGAAUACCAGACUUAAGGUCGUCAACCUUUGUGGUUAUUUUAUUUCUCUUUUUAAGAAUCAAAGCUUAAAUCUCACGAGUCUUGUUAGAGGUAUAUUAAACUGUCUAGUUUUGCACAGGGUAUUUAAGGAAUGGAAAGAAAGGCGUUGGUAGAAGUCAAGGUUUUUUUUUUCAAAGAGAACUGCUAACACCUGCAAAUCACAUCUGUUGUUUAGACCAUCAGCCUUGAACCGCAGAGAUAACGUUUUGUUAAUAAUGCAAUUUUUUAUUGCCGUGCAUGACGCGAAGUUAGAUAACCGGUAUAGCCUCUGACUAUAUUCUCACAGUACCAUCACGUGUGAUAAUGAAAAAUUGAAAUGACAGCAUUUCCAUGACAUGGUCUAUGAAAGGCUGGUCAAAGAGCAAUACUGUACUCAAGUCAUCGCGAGGAAGACUGUCACUGAGUGCGCAGAACACGGAUCGUUUCUGUACAAUGUUGUAAAAUUGCGUAUAGGACUGGAUUGAUUGUUCCAGCUAAGAAUCUAGCCGGCUACUUUCUGCAACGCAACUGGUGCAUUUUAAUUGUGCGUUCUACUGGCAAAGCACAGUGCACAGUUACAUCUUACCUUUCUAUUCUUAAAAAAAAACCCAAUAAUAAUAAUACCGAUAUAAUAAUAAAUAAUGGGUCGAUAUAGUGGGAAAACAUGUCGUCUAGUGUUUAUGCUUGUGAUCACUUUUGUGUUUUUCGUGGCCGAGUUAGUGUCGGGUUAUGUUGGUAACUCUAUCGCCCUUGUGUCCGACUCGUUUAAUAUGUUGUCAGACGUGAUUUCGCUGUGUGUCGGUAUCACCGCGGCCCGGGUAUCUCGACUCGGCAGCUCUGGUCGCCGAACCUACGGGCUACCACGGGCUGAAGUGGUCGGGGCGCUGGCUAACGCAGUGUUCCUAACUGCUCUGUGUUUCACCAUCUUCGUGGAAGCGGUUAUGCGGCUGGUCAAUACGGAAAGAAUCGAUGACCCGUUCCUGGUUCUGAUCGUUGGGGCGCUGGGUCUGGCCGUCAACAUCGUGGGGCUCAUAAUCUUUCAGGACUGCUGUUACAGGAGUAAGAGAAGUGGACCUGUGCAGGAGGAGAAGACGCAGCAACCGGCUGGCGCUGAGGACAGACUAACAGAUCCCCCCGGGCUGAGCAACAGUGCCUCAGACAAUCCUGUCAAGACGAGGCAGACGAGCCAGGCAGCGGCGCUCAACAUCAGGGGUGUUCUCCUCCAUGUCAUGGGGGAUGCCCUCGGCUCCGUGGUGGUGGUGGUGGCUGCCUCUCUCUUCUACGCCAUGCCCCUCCCCCCGGACGCCCCCUGUAACUGGCAGUGCUACGUGGACCCCAGCCUCACCAUCAUCAUGGUGAUCAUCAUCCUGUCAUCCGCAUUCCCACUCUUUAAGGAGACUGGCGCCAUCCUGCUGCAGAUGGUGCCCCGCGGACUGCAAGUGGAUCACAUCAGUGAGGCUUUGGCCCAGGUCCCAGGCGUGCUCAGUAUCCAUGAGCUACACAUCUGGGAGCUGGCAGCGGACCGCAACGUCGCCACGCUGCACCUCAAGUGUGCCGACUCAGAGGACUUCCAGAGGGUGUCCCGGCAGGUGCGGCAGAUCUUCCAUAAUGCAGGGGUGCAUGCUGUCACCAUCCAGCCCGAAUACACCAAUGAGGACCAGGACCCCAUGGCCUGCAACGCACCCUGCCUGUCGGAGGACUGCCGGGCACUGGGCUGCUGCAGCGCCACUCACCCCAGCACUAAUGUAGAGAACUACAUGGAGAUUAGCACCUGCCCCACCGGCAUCGUGUGCAAUGGGCACUUCGCCAGCCUGCCAGACAAGCUGGGAAUUUCUAUCCUGCCAGAGCACUCCCCUCCGCAGAACAACAGAGACCAUGUGGUGCUCAAGGACACACAGUUAUAGAGCAGUUAUAGUGUUGGUCUUUAUGAUCGACACCUGACAACAAGACUGUGACACUGAUCAGAUAACCUGAAUGGGAAGUGGUGUUACGUGAACUCUUGGAAUCCUGGGACAGUUUGCUUUUUAUUUUUGGUUUGAUUAUUUGUACAGAUAGCACUGUGUAGAAAUGGCCUUUUUCUCUGUCCAGGUUUAAACUUGUGUCUACAGCACUCGGAUACUCCUGCAUGGUAUGCUAAUGAAUUCUGAAUAAAUAUGAAUGUUGGUAACAUUACCUUUGCAAAGGCCAAUGAUCAAGCCUAUAUUAUAGUCAUGUGGUGCCCAGGCUUAGUUGUCAGCCUAUUAUUGUUGUUUAGCCAGGUAAGUUAAUGAAAAAUGUAGUUGAAAGAAGAAAAUAUGUAUGUGAAGUCUCCCCCAUGCUAUAAAACCAUCCAAGAACCAUUUAGUAGACUACAAGUAACUAUGUACUGCUUUUGGUCAUGUAUAACGACACAGCUCUAUUACGAUACAAUAUACCUGUAUAAUCAUAACACCCCUAGUGAAAAUGCUACGUUUAUAAUGUCACCUGAUAAUGGGUCUCAGGUUUCAUUGUUCUGUGCUGAAUAGGGGUUUCCACAACAGCAAUGCAAAGACUACAGUGACUUUGCAAUCUUCUGUGUGAAAAGUAGAAUAUUAUUUAAUAAUUGAGUCGUCUUGUUUUUUACUCAGCUGUUUGUACUCUAUACAGUCGCUCGGUUGCUUUAGAAACAUACUGUAAAAAGUGUCAUGUCCUGGUAAAAUAAACUGAAAUUAAAUGUA